AUGGCGUGUGCACCACCUCCUUACUACCCCUUUGCAAUGCCACUUCCAGCCCAAGGACCCGGCCUGAUUGGCAAGACUGUUUACCAUUACAUGACGCGUGAUGGGGGGCCACCGAACAAGGGCGCACCUCCAAGCGGACCACCAUCUUCUGCCGGUGGUGGUGGUCCUCCUCCUCCGCCGCCGUAUUCUUUGAUGUCUCCCUGUCAAGGACCAUUUUGCCCUCCUCCACCGAGUCGGCCCGGUCCAUUUUUCGUUCCACCGGGAAAUGGAUUCCCUGGAGCAGUGUGUGUGCCUGAUGGGCCACCACCGCCUCCUCCAAAUGCGCCUACGUGGUAUCCAGCACCACCACCACCACCACCUCCUCCCCCUCCUCCCCCUCCACCAUCAAGUGUUGUAGGAGCAGUCGGCCACGCCGCUUCUCAAGCACCAGAACCACCCGUCAGUGGAAACCGAGUCAAGGAUCGACUUCUGGUGGUCAAGGACAGUGGAGGGCACGGACACGUCGCCUCCAAACACGUUGCGACAUUCCAUCUUUUCACCUACAAUGUCAUUGACAAGUACUCGGUGAAUGCGCACAACCAGUUUUACAUUCCACCGCAGUCGUGCGAGCCAUUCCGCGUCAUGACGGCAGCGUAUUCGAUGCCCAUCGAGGAACUGAUUGAGCAGUUGGAUUGCGUCCGAGUUGCGCCGCCGGUAUACCCGCGCUAUGCGAUCGGACUGGCGGAGGCAUUUGAUAUCGGCAAUGGAUGGUUUCAAGUCGGCAGCAAGUUCCACUUGGACGAAGAUAAGUCCAAGCAGACCAUCAAGGAGGCCUGGAGCAACAACAUUGGCGAGGCGGGCGAGUCACGACCCAAGUAUCUGAUCCGGUUGCCAGGCAAGCAACCCGGUUCGUGA